AACAUUAGCCUGUUAGCUUCUCCGUCAUGGCGGAACUGAACAGACAGCUUCAGGAGUAUUUGGCUCAAUCCAAAGGUGGCGGCGCUAAAACCCUUUCCGGGUCCAGCACCACAGUGGACAUGAACGACCCGGAGCCGGUAUCCGGGAGCUGGUUCGGACAUUGGUCGAGUCCAUGGCCCGGAAACCGCGGCGGAAGUCCGUCCGGCCAGAGCUCCAGCGGUAACAGCGGAUUCUCCUGGCCGUGGUCGGCCGAGCCGGACCCCUGCCUGCCGGGCCUGAGCCGCCGGCAGCGGCUGGUGGCCUUCGGUGUGUGUGUGUCGUUCUCCGCGCUGUGCUUCGGCCUGUCCGCGCUGUACGCGCCGCUCCUGCUGCUGUACGCGCGGAAGUUCGCGCUGCUCUGGUCGCUCGGUUCGCUGUUCGCCAUCGCGGCCGCUGCGGUGCUGCGGGGCCCCAGCAGGCUCCUGGCCGGGCUGCCCACCUCCCCCGGAGCCGCCGUCUACCUGUGCGCCCUCGGAGGGACUCUGUACGCGGCUAUGAGCCUCCACAGCACCGUGCUGACCGCGCUGGGAGCCGCCCUGCAGGUCACCGUCAUCGUCGGCUACGUGGUGUCGCUGCUGCCCGGGGGCAGCGCCGGGAUCCGGUUCAUGGGGGGGAUGGCGGCGUCAGCCAUCAAAAGAACCGUCACCGGGAAAACAAUGCCGAUCUGAACCGGGACAGACCUCCAGAGCCAGCAGGCUGAAUGCACUAAAGCGGGGUCCCUGGGGGCCUCUCCGGGGGUCCCAGUGUAGACAGGACCAACUACAGAACAUUCCUGUACAGGCGGAUGAUUACUGGCCUGUGAUUGGUGUGUGUGUGUGUGUGUGUGUGUGUGUGUGUGUGUGUGUGUGUGUGUGUGUGUGUGUGUGUGUGUGUGU